CGUACGGUGCCGAAAUCUUAAGCUAUGAGACAAAAGGCUAGACAACUCAACCAAUCGUUAGUUUUUAGGUCAUGAAAUAUGCAUUCCGUGUUUUCGAUCCGCCUCAGCCCCGCGCUCGGUAUAAAUAGCUCUAGAAAGCGACACGGUUUCCAUCUAACGAUUGCUCCAUUGUAACACCUUGUAACAUAUUGUAACAAAAAAUGGCUCGCACUAAGCAAACGGCUCGAAAAUCAACUGGAGGCAAGGCUCCAAGAAAGCAGCUUGCGACCAAGGCAGCUCGUAAAAGCGCGCCAGCUACUGGAGGAGGAGUGAAGAAACCUCACCGUUACAGACCUGGCACAGUCGCUCUCCGUGAGAUCCGCCGAUACCAGAAAUCUACCGAGCUGUUGAUCAGAAAGCUUCCUUUCCAGCGUCUAGUUCGAGAAAUCGCACAAGAUUUCAAGACCGAUCUGAGAUUCCAGAGCUCGGCCGUUAUGGCUCUACAAGAAGCUAGUGAGGCCUACCUUGUUGGUUUAUUUGAAGACACCAAUCUCUGCGCUAUUCACGCAAAACGAGUAACGAUCAUGCCGAAAGAUAUACAGCUCGCCCGCAGAAUCCGAGGAGAAAACAAGCCUAAUUCGCGAGUGGUAUGACUUCUCAUAAUUUGUUUUAAACUCUUCGUAUCAUUCGUACGGGAUUGACUCACAUUUAGAGAAUUUCAAAGUUUGUGCGCUUAUUUUUAUGGUCACCAUAAGAGAGUAAGAUUUUGUUUAGGUGUGUGUGCGUGCGCGCGCUAGUAGAGAAUAAUCGCUCGGUGCGUAGCUCGCCGUUUUCUAA